AUGAUAGGGUUUUGGAUGGACGCUAAUGAAGGAAAAGAGAAGUCAUUAAUUGUGGAGAAGCUGGUAGAAGGUAAUAGGCACAAAAAGGAGACAGGCGCUUUGGUUAAUGGCCAUAGCGUCAAAAGUAAAGGGGGUGCAAACGAUAAAAGACAAUUAUACUACCAGAGGAAAAUGGAAAGAUUGGGACAUGGAAAAGCGAAACAGGAAGGGAGCCUGAGAAGUGAAGAAUACGAGAAGGAAAUUGAUAUUUUCAAUUCGGACAUAGAGGCUAUUUUGUCGCCGUUCAAACAGAUGGAGAAAUCGGAUUCAAAGAUAGACCGGGGAAUUAUUAAAUACUUUGCAUUGGUGGUGAUAUUGUUACCUUCGAUAAUUGGCAUUAUGACGCCAGCGAUGGGGGAAAAUGGUCGUACGAGCAUUGAUAUGGCGAAUUUGGUAACCGACAGCUUCAUGGUUAUUUUGGUGAGUUGGUUUAUAAACUUCACAAUCGAAUGGCCGUGGAAUUGGCACAAAAACAUAAUUGAAGCCCAGAGCAAGCUUUUGGAAAGCACCAAUGCAUUCGUGCACAGGGUGUCUACGACGGAGGAGGUGAACAGCGAGAUUCUCACUAAAAAAAUCAAGGCUUUCAAGAAGCUCUGCAAAUAUGAAAAUUAUUCGCUUCUGUUGUGCUUUGUAUGCACAUGCAUGGGAGCUGGGAUCAUGAGAUGGUCUCGAAACUACAUUAACAUAGAAGAUACAAGAAGGAGAUUAGUUUUCAGUAAUUUGAAUAUUAUGCUAUUUCUGUUUUUGGAGAUUUUUAGGUUAGUCUUAAUCUUGACGGAAAGAUUGCAGAAACACACAGUAGAUGACAUUCAAGAUAAAAUCAACAAGGAUCGUGUGAAAUCUAAUGGAUUAAAAACGGCCCAUAUGGAUUUUGUCAUACCCUCAAGUUCUUCAAGUGAAGAUAAUAAUAAAAUGGGUGGACUAAUGAAUGGGUUGGGCAGUCUAGUCACUACCGGAAAACUAAAUGCAAAUAUUGAAGGUGGGGUUGUUUCCUAUAAAAAGAGUAUAGAAGUACUACAAGAUAAAGCAAACAGACAGGAUGAAAUGAUUCAGAGUCUAUUAAUUACUCAAGCUAAUGAAUAUGCUAAGAUCAAUAUGUCAUUGAAAAAGCUUGAGAAAGUAAUAAGUCAAAUAAAUAAUCAUAAAAACGAGGGAUUGGAUAACCAACGGUCUGUGUUUUUGAAACCGUUUCCUUUGAAUUUAUCCUCUUCUGAAAAUAAGUUAACUCAAAAGUCUUACAAGCGUUUGUCGUUACCAUCAAUGUUGAACAACGACAAGCAGCCAAUGCACACAAUAUUUGAAGAAUCUGAUAUAGAAGAAGAAGACGGUGACGAGAACCAACUAAAUAGCGAAUUAAUGGAACUACAAGAGAGGAGAGAACAAGAAGCCAGAGACGAAAAAGGUAUAGGUAAAAUGCUAGGAGGUAUAGUUGAUAAACAAGAGAAGUUCUCAGAUAAUAUUUCGAAACGGGUUAGACCUCAAAAACUGAUUUCCAGUUCUACAAACUUAUCGUCUUUCAACGAAUCGAUAUUUGAGCAACCACAUCUGCAUCGGAUCGAUAUAAAACAAUCUGAUCUCGAGAAUGUUUCAGAUUAUAAUUCGAAUUAUUUUGAUGAUGACUGUGAAAAAGAAGAUAAACACAAAGGUGUUGGUAGUGGUUAUUUUUCACUACAUGGCUUACCAUUCUCGUCAUCGAUUAAGAACUUGGUGACAAGAAAUCUAGUGUACGAAGAUAAUAAUAGUAAUAUACCUUAUAUUCCGGACAACCUACUAGAUUAUAGAAUAAACGAGUUGAUAGGGUAUGGUUCUGAACAGCUGAGCAUAAUGGGUAAUAUGGAGGAGAAGAACAGUAACAUCCUAUUUAAAUUGAAGCUUAUUGUGCUGAAUAUUUUACAGAAUAUUUCGAUUAUUGACUUAAUCAAGGAUCCGUUGACAACAAAACAGAUUUUACAUUCAGAAGUUAAACCUAUUUUAAUGAGUUUUUGCAAAGAGCAAAUAGAGAAUUAUACAGCAACUACCAGAUUACUUAAGAGUCUUAUAUGGGAAAUCUUAACAAAGCAUUUGUUUCUUACAACAGAAAAGCUUGAAACAAUUAUCAAUACUUAUUUAGCUCCUUUAGAGAGAUUGAAAAAUCUUUUUACUUUAGUUUGUUUCAAAAUUCCUUUCAAUAUCCUUAGAUUUUACGUGGCAGUCUUAUCUUUCUUUCCCAAAAUAUUCUACCACAUAUUUAUUGCAUAUCCUAUAAUAAACCAAACAUCAAAGGAUAAAGAUUCUGACGGAGCAAAACGUAUCAAAAACACAGAUCAUAGAGAACCAGGAUCAAAACCAUUUCUAGCUAUGAAACAAUUCCAUUUAUCCCCCAAUGCUGCAAGGUCAGGCAAAAUUAAAACCAAUACAGAAAGCGACAAAGCACUUUAUGAUUUGAAAGCUAGAAAAAUGGUUUUCAAUAAAUUACUGAGGUAUUAUGACUUAAGAACGCUCCCAGAAAACAGUCUAUUUACACCAGUGAGAUUAUAUGAUGAAGAGUAA